CACCUCUGUGGCCACCCCAAAGACGCUUUGAGAUAUUUAUGUGAUAGCUGAAGAUGGCGACCCCAAAUUCGGAUAGCCCGAGCUUUAAGACAUGGAGAGGCGUGAGCGCGAGAAACAACAGGCCGGACCGCAGGCUCCAGGAGCUUUUGGCCCACCCUACAAAAGGCCUAUUUACCGUUCUACCACCGGAGUUGCGCGAUGUAGCGAAGGCCGGGCUGGACCCUGUGGCUGUCACAAAGAUGGGCAUCACGCUGCGUGGUCUCCGCAAGCUCAGGACACGGCUUCGCCUGACGUUCGGGGAUGAGUACGAAACCAUGUCCACGGCGGAGGUCAAUGCGCGCUGGGUGAAGGAGGUGACCAAAGAGCGGCAGUGCCGGCUGCUUGAGAUGGGGCAGAUCGUUGACGCCGAGGACGUGGUGCAGCCCAUGUACUUCAUCAGCCAUGCGUGGAAGAACAAGAUCUCACUGCUGCUGGACUUCUUGCUGGACCGCUUCCUGGCGGCGGCGGACGGCGGCGUGGCGGUGUGGCUCGACAUCCUGUCGGUGAACCAGCACGAGAGCACGUCGGCGCACCGACGCGAUAUCGCCGCGUUUGACCAGGUGGUGCGGGCCUGCACCGGCGGCACCAUCGUGGUCAUGGACGUGGCGAACUGCAACCCCGCAACCCGCGGCUGGUGCAUCUACGAGUGGGCCACCACCCGCGCUCGCCACGGCCCUGACGGGCUGCACAUGUGGCUGGAGCCCAGCGAUCGCGGCGUGGUGUACGGCAGCUUGGACAUCCGAAUGGCGGAGUGCCAGUUCCCGGCGGACAAGGAGAUGAUCCUGGCCACCGUGGAGCGCCAGCACGGCUCUGCGGAGCUCUUCAACACCACACUCAAGUUACAGCUGCUGCUUGAGCCCGUCAGCUACCGGGUGGACGAGCGCCGCCUGCUGCAGCGCGCCCGCGGCACCCGCUGGGACUUCAACGCCGUGGCAGCCUGGCUGGACGCCGGGCCGCCCGUCGGCGGCAGCGGGGCCGGCGGCGGCGGCGGCGGCAAAGGCGGCUCGCGCGUGCUGUGUGUGGUGGCGGGCGCGGGCGAGGGCAAGAGCACCAUCAGCGCUGCGCUGUGCGCUGUGCCGGCGGAGGGCGGCUUCGGCGAGCGCAUCGCCUGCCGGCACUACUGCAAGUACAGCGACCAGCGGCGGCUGGACCCGGUGCGGGUCAUCAAGAGCUUGGCAUUCCAGCUGUCCAGCAGAUUCCCGGUGGCGUGCCAGCAGCUGCUGCAGCAGGACGCUGUGCGGGUAUCGCAGGAGGUGUCGGCGGAGGCGGCUUUUGAGGCGCUGCUGGCGGAGCCGCUGCGCCGUGUGGUGGCACAGCCCGACUUCGACGGGAAGCAGGUGGUGCUGCUGCUGGAUGCGCUGGAUGAGGCCGACCCGCCGCCGGCCCUGGUGGAGGCGCCGGCCCGCAUUGACCCGCUCACCGGCCGGCCGACCACCGCGCGACCCGCCUCGGCCCGCUCCACCGUCGCCGCGGCGCCGCCGCCCUGCAGCAACAAGGUGGUCCAGCUGCUCACCUCGCUCCUGACCCGCCUGCCGCCCUGCGUGCGCUUCCUGCUGACCACCCGCCCCGACGCCGUGGGCGGCAGCGUGUGCGGCCUUCUGGACCGCACCUUUGCGGCCACGGGCGGGGUGCAGUACCUGCGGCCGGCGGCGCUGCGGCGCGUGACCGGCGGCUCGGCGGCGGCGCAGGCGGUGGGCGGCGGUUCUGCGGAGGGCGGCAUCCUGGUGUACCGGACAGUGGUGGGCGAGUGCCUGCCCAAGGGCUCGGUGGCGGCGCUGGAGGCGCCUCCCACCCUGGCCGACCUCAACAACGUGUACAAGCAGGUGUUCUCCACGGCCUUCGCCAAGCUGCCCAAGCCCGAGGUGGCGCCGGUGCGCACGCUGCUGGCGGUGCUGCUGGCGGCGCAGGAGCCGCUGCCGCAGAGCCUGCUGACGGCCAUGGGCCUGGGCGGGCUGCUGCACAAGCUGCCCGGCUACCCGGUCACCUUCUUCGCCGAGGAGCACCACGUGUACUCCCUGCACAAGUCUCUGGCGGACUGGCUGCUGGACCCCUGGGCCCUGCACGCCUUCAAGCCCGACCUGCUGGCCGGACACCGCCAGCUGGCACAGACGCUGAUGCUGACCGUGCGCAAGGGCGGCCACCCGUCACCCUACGCACUCAAGUACCUGGUGCGCCACCUGGUGGCCUGUCGCGACCUGUCCUACCUGGAGGCGCUGCUGGGCGACUUCGCCUUCUUGGCCGCCGCCUUCAGCCAGGGCCACGGCCACGGCCUCAUCCGUGACCUGCUGCGGCUGGAGGCGCCCUCGCCGCCGCUGGCGGACGUGCAGCGCUGGCUGCUGGCGCGGCAGCACGAGCUGGUGGCUGCCAAGACGGAGGCGGACGUGGUGGCCACCGCCCUGCGCUGCCCGGUGGACACGCUGGUGUACGCGGCCGGCAGCAAGCGCUACAAGACGAUGGCGGGCGGCGCGGCAGAGGCCAAGGCGGGCGGGGGCGGCGGCGGGGGCGCUAACAUGUCAGGGGGAGAGGGCGCGCCGCCGCCACGGCAAGUGUGGGAGCUGGUGCAGGGGCUUGGUGCGCAGCGGAGGUGGCCUGCGACCAAGGUCAUCAUGCCGGGUCACACCGGCGUGUCGGCCUGUGUGAGCUGGUCGCCCGACGGCGCCACACUGGCCAGCGCCUCCUGGGACGGCACCCUGCGCCUGUUCGACACCGGCAGCGGCGAGUGCAUCGCAGUGCUGCUGGGCCACGAGGGCAAGGCCAAAUGUGUUGAGUGGUCGCCGUCGGGGCGAAUGCUGGCCAGUGGCGGGGAGGACAAGGCGGUGCGGCUGUGGGACGCCGUCAGCGGCGAGUGCGUCGCGGCGCUGCAGGGGCAUGAAGAGGACGUCAAUGCGGUCGCCUGGUCUGCGGAUGGGCAGAGUAUCGCCAGCGGCGCCAACGACCAGACCAUCCGGGUCUGGGACGUGGCCGCCGGCACCUGCAUCGCCACGCUGCCGCCCCAGGGCUUCAAGGUGAGCACGGUCGCCUGGAGCCGCGACGGGCGCCGCCUGGCCUCGGGCGGCGGCUACAUGGACGUCGAGGACACCAGCGUGGUGGUGUGGGACGUGGCGGCGGCGCAGCCCGAGGCAAUCCUGGUGGGCCACGAGAUGCACGUGGACGGCGUGGCCUUCAGCCCCGACGGCGCCGUGUUGGCCUCCGCCUCACACGACGCAACUGUGCGGCUGUGGUCCCUCCCGGACGCCCAGCUGCUGACGGUGCUGCACCACCACUCCCAGCCUGUGACGGCGGUGGCGUGGAGUCGUGACGGCCGCACACUGGCCACCUCCAGCUGGGACAAGACACUGGCGCUGGUGGACGUGGCCAGUGGGCAGGUGGCAGCCACACUCGAGGGUCACAUGAACCUUCCGUUUGACUGCAAGUGGAGCCCCGACAACAAGAGCCUGGCCAGCUGCGGCAAAAGCGGCAAGUGCCGCAUCUGGACCAUUCCGGAGCUGGCCACCCCGGCGGCGGCCGCGGCGGCGGAUGCCAAGUCUGCGGCUGCAAUCGCGUCAGCAGGGGUGGGUCACUCCCAGGCGGUGCUUGCAGUUGCAUGGAGUCCCGACGGCACCCGGCUAGCAUCUGCCAGCAGCGACGCAACCGCUCGCGUAUGGGAGGCAAGGAGCGGCGUGUGCUCUCUUCGGCUGGAGGCGGGCGCGGCAGAGGGAGGCGCUGAGGAGCACGGCGCGCGGCAGACGUCAGUCAACAGCGUGGCUUUCAGUCCCGACGGCAAGCUACUGGCCACCGGCUCCAACUCCAAGGCGGUGCGGCUGUACGCGGCAGACAGCGGCGCCCUGCUGGCCGUGCUGGAGGGCCACCAAUUCUUCGUGCAGUGCGUGCGCUUCAGCCCCUGCGGCCGCUACCUGGCCAGCAGCGGCUGGGACGGGCUGGUGCUGCUGUGGGACGUGGCCUCGGGGCAGCAGGCGGCGGCGCUGGAGGGCCACACGGACCGCGUGCUGGGCCUGGCCUGGAGCCCCGACAGCCGCCUCCUGGCCUCGUGCGGCUAUGAGGAGGACCGGACGGUGAAGCUGUGGAGUGUGGACGGGCGCACGUGCUUCGCCACGCUGCGGGAGCACGGCGCGGCGGUGCACAACGUCGCGUUCAGUCCGAAUGGCCGGGUGCUGGCGAGUUGCGGUGGGGACGGGGUGCGGCUGUACGACGUCGCGACCCGCGUGUGCACCGCCAAGCUGGAGGACUUUGAUGGCGCCGUGAUGGACGUGGCGUGGAGCCCCAACAGCGAUGAGCUGGCGUGCGCGGCGGACACGGGUCUGUGUGUGGACAUCCGCAACGUGCAGAGGGGCGGUGCCCGCGUUGCCGUGCUUCAGGGCCCCAGCGCGGCAGUGACCGGCGUGGCGUGGUCACCCGACGGCAAGGCGGUGGCGUGCUGCAGCAAGGACAAGAGCAUCCGCGUGUACGAGCGCCGGGACUGAGGCUGUCGUGUCGUAUACCGUACCGCAUGUUUAUGUAGAACAGGUGCUGUGCGCCGUGCCGCUGUUUGGAGUGGGAUGAAAGCGAGGACCGCAAUUUGUUUUGGGGAGCACUAUUUGGACCGCUGAGGGCCGGAGAGGCCCUAGCCGCCUGGCAUACGUGACGCGCGUGUCGAUGUGGGGGGUCGUCUGAGUGCAAACACGUGGGGUGAAACGGAGGGAUGAAGUGCAAAGUCUUGAUUGUAAGUAGUCCAGGCUCAGCGUGGUGGUGUGUCAACAUCAUUACGGCAUGCGCUGUGCUGCAAAAUGCGCAGCUCACUUGGCUCGACGCUUCAGCGGCUUAAUUGGGCGCUGUCGUGUGGGCGAAAGUUUGUACGUGCUGGGCCAACUCACGCCUAGAAAUGGCGUGCGGGGCGUGCCUACCAGACAAGAUGGCGGCACGCCGUAUUUAUUCUGUUGUUGCUGGGAUGUAUGCCGUCCGUGGUGUGGCCGUGUGUCAUAGUACAGCGGCAUUCUGGAUGUGCGGACGGGAAGAGGGCGGCCUAGGGGUGUUUCCAUUCACCACCUGUAAAGCAAUGCCGCA